UAAAUGUACUGUCCGAAUUAUUCAUAUUGCCCUGUAAAAUCUCAACCACAGCUCGUAUACUUUCACUGACGGCUUUUUAGCGCUACUGGGAUAAUACUAAAUAAUCACGGGCCACGCCCAUGCGGUUGCCAUGGUACCCGAGGGCUCUUGCCGCCAAUUGCUAAUCACGUGGUAGAUGCCAGAUUCUGCUUUACGUGCGCGGCGGAGGCUGAAGAAGGAAGGUGACUAUGCUGCGGAAACUCACCGUAGACCAGAUUAAUGACUGGUUCACCAUUGGCAAAGAUGUAACUGAUGUGAAGUUGCUGGGUUCUUGGUCGGAACCUAGCUCAGUUGCUACUGGAGGCCGUGAAGCCGAGGAAAGUGAAAGGCGGUACCGCGGGCUUCAGUCUGAAAAUGCAUACGUCAAGGAAUUCAGACUUGUGGAGGAACGAGAGCUUGAGAAGUACAAGAGUUGUUCUGCUAACACAGCACGUACAAGAAAAAUCUCAACAUUUGAUGCAUUAACAAUGCCGGAAUUUGACCCCAAAUACCCAGAAUUGCCUAUAUUAAAGAGCAGAGAAGAGUUGAUUGCACUGAUUGAAAAUAAUUCAGUUGUAGUAAUACAUGGUGCAACUGGCAGUGGUAAAAGUACUCAAUUACCGCAGUUCAUUUUGGAUUAUCUAAGGCAACAUGGACAAUACUGUAAUAUUGUUGUUACUCAGCCUCGAAAAAUAGCUGCCCGUAGCAUUGCUACAUGGAUAAGUAAUCAGCGAUGUUGGACUCUCGGUGGCAGAGUGGGAUACCAGGUGGGUUUGGAAAAGGUAGCAUCAGAGGAAACUCAACUAAUUUAUAUGACAACAGGGGUCCUCCUGCAGAAGAUUGUUUCUGCUAAGAGCUUGUUGGAAUUCACACACAUCUUUAUAGAUGAAGUCCAUGAACGUACAGAGGAAAUGGACUUCCUACUAAUGGUGGUGCGCAAGCUGCUUUGUACAAACUCCCGAUUUGUGAAGGUGAUAUUAAUGUCUGCUACCAUCAACUGCAAAGAAUUUGCAGAUUAUUUUGCAGUCCCUGUGUUAAAUAAGAUGACACCAGCUUACAUUUUUGAGGUAGAAGGUAAACCUCAUGACAUUGAGGUGUUUUAUUUGGAUGACUUAAAGGACAUUCCUCAGGCAAAGAUUGCUGCUCAUUAUUCUGAUGAACCUUUAAUAAGCAAGGAGAUGUACGAAGUUGCCACAUCUUUGAUACAUUUAUUUGAUGAAAUGGAAAAGGAAGAAUUAAAGAAAGGAAAAAUGAGUCAUAAAGCCUACAUUGAAUCCAACAGUGUAUUGGUUUUCUUGCCAGGUUUGAUGGAGAUCAACUACAUGCAUGAACUUUUUACAAAUAUGGUACAGAAAAGAUUGCAUGUGUAUCCUCUUCAUUCAAGCAUCACUCUUGAUGAACAAAACCUUGUGUUUAUGCCUCCAGUUAUUGGAUACAGAAAGGUCAUUUUGUCAACAAAUAUUGCUGAGAGCUCUAUAACUGUUCCAGAUGUAAAAUACGUCAUAGACUUUUGCUUGACUAAAACCCUUGUUUGUGAUGAAGAAACAAAUUAUCAGAGUUUGAGAUUGAGCUGGGCAUCAAAGACAAAUUGUGAUCAAAGAAAAGGACGAGCUGGACGUGUUUCCAAGGGCUAUUGUUAUCGAUUUGUUCAGAAAGACUUUUGGAAAAAUAUUAUCCCUGAAAAUGUUAUCCCUGAGAUGCUGCGUAGCCCUCUGGGAAGCACAAUCUUAAAAGUGAAGCUUCUUGAUAUGGGUGAGCCUAGAGCUUUGCUGGCAACUGCAUUGUCUCCUCCUAAUAUCACUGAUAUUGAACGGACUAUACUCUUACUUAAGGAGCUAGGAGCACUUGCAGUUAGUGGGAAACGAGAAAAUGAAAAUCCAUAUGAUGGAGAGCUCACUUUCUUGGGGAAAGUCCUUGCACAAUUACCUGUGGAUUUACAACUUGGAAAACUGAUUGUUCUUGGUCAUGUCUUUGGAUGCCUGGAGGAGUGCAUUAUUAUUGCUGCUGCACUUUCACUAAAAAACUUUUUUGCUAUGCCUUUUAGGCAUCUUCUAGAUGGAUACAGGAGCAAACUUAGUUUCUCUGGCAGUAGCAGAAGUGACUGCAUUGCUCUUGUUGAUGCUUUUAAGUCCUGGCAGUCCUGUAAAGAGAGAGGCGAGCUUAGACUUUCCAAGGAUGAGCUGGAAUGGGGCAAGAGAAAUUACUUUCAGAUCAAAAGAAUCAGAGAGGUGGCUGCUUUGUACGAUGAUUUGAAAAAAAGAAUUUCCCACUUUAAUAUGCAUGUUACUCAGCCAGCCAGGGAUCCAGAUUACAAUUUUAAGCAACGGUUUAUUCUUCAGAUAGUUAUGGCUGGUGCCUUUUAUCCAAACUAUUUUACUUUUGGGCAAUCUGAUGAAAGAAGUGCUGUCCGUGACCUGUCUGCAAAAGACCCCAGAACCACUGUUGUGCUGAAGAAUGUGCCAAAUUACAGCUUCUUGUACUAUAAACAAAUACAGUCUCUCUUUAGACAGUGUGGACAAGUGAAAUCCAUUUUAUUUGAUGGCUCAAGAGCAUUUGUUGAGUUUUCCCGUAACCCAACAGAAAGGUUCAAAACUCUUACAGCGGUGUACUUGGCACUUAAGAUGGCACAGUUAAAAAUACCUCUUAUACUGAAUGUUCAUCCUACUGAGGAUAUAGAGAAGGCUGAUGACACCAUUACCAGUUUAAAACUUUCAAGAAUAAAUGUGGACUGCCAAACACAAACCUUUGAAUCGGUACAUGUCGCCAAGACAAUGGAAAAACAUUUAGAAACAUUGGAUGGUCUUACAUUAUCUGUAAAUAUCACAGAGGUUGUGGAAGUGGGUCAUUUUUGGGGAUUCAGCAUUGAUACGAAAAGUAUGGCCAUUUUGGAAGAGCUAGCAACAAAUAUCAGACAGCAGCAAUUGGUUCCCCUUACAGAAAGACCACACUCAAACAUGAUGUGCUUGGCGCCUUUUACAAACAAAGAUAGUGAAAGUUAUUACAGGGCUCAGAUCUUAUACAUUUCUGGAAGUACUGCUAUGGUUUUUUUUGUGGAUUAUGGUAACAAGUCACAGGUGGAAUUGACGCUCUUAAGGAUGAUUCAUGAAACAAUUCUAAAUAUUCCUUUUCAGGCACUCGAGUUCAAGAUUUGCAAGAUGCGUCCUUCUGCAAAAUCUUUGAUUUGUGGAGAACAGUGGUGUCGCAGUGCUAGUGAGAGGUUUGAUGCCUUGGUUAAUGGAUGUGCCCUUAUGGUGAAGGUUCAUUCUAUAGUUCACGAUAUUCUUCAUGUUGACGUGUACCGACAUUUUGAAAAUCUUGAAGAAAAAAGUAUAAGAGAUUUGCUUAUUGCUGAUGGAUAUGCAGAGCCAGCUGAAGAAUCCUAUGAAUCCAAUCAAAGCAAUGAAGUUUUGAAGGAACUGUUCCUGCCAGAGUGUAAUAAAAAGCCAUACAAGCAAGGUUUUGCAAAAGAGGAUGAAAAAAAUCAGAUUGAGAAAAUGCUAGACAAAUUUACUCAAAAUAAACUUGGGAUCCAACAGUGUAAGGCUGUGCUACAUGGUCCAUUUAGUCCCUAUGAAGUGAAAUUUCAUAGCCUGAUGAGAGUUUCCAAAUUCAGAUCAGUUUGGAUUGAAAAGGAAAGCAUUAAUUCAGUGGUACUUAAUGAAGCCCCAGAAGCACCUCACCAGAGAAUAUUUGUUGCUGCAUCUGUUUCUGUAAAUGCAUCUGGUUCUGUGAUAAUGCUACGUGAGACAUCUUUGCUCCCUCCAAUUCCAGGAUUGCCAGCACUUAUCAGCAUGUUGUUUGCUCCAGUAAUAGAAUUAAGAGUUGAUGGCGCUAGAAAACAUUAUACAGGUGUACUGUUUGGUUUAGGUUGGCACCAUGAAAGUGGUACUUCAAUAUGGCCUGAGCAUGACAUUGAGCUAGCUUUUGAUGUUCAUUUCUCUGUGGAUGACCUGGUAAAGAUUAAUCUCCUAAGAUCAACAAUAAACAAGGUCUUACGUCAGAACUAUAAUGGUUCUCUAAACUCAUCAUAUGAACGGCCUGGAUUUUUUCAAGAGGAUAUUCGUGAAAAGCUUCUGAAUUUAAUUCAAAAGGAUAAACCUCGAGAGGUGAUAACUCCAAAGUGGUAUGAAAAAUUGUAUCAGUGGAAUCAGGUAGAUCCAAAGUGGCUCAUUGACCAGUCUGAUAGAACUGACGAAGAAAGAAAAGCUGAUGUUUAUCAGUUGCAUACAUUUGUAAUGCUGAAUCCUUAAAAUUUCUUCACCCACCAGCAUAUCUAUCUGAAUAUUCUGUUCAAUGUAAUGUACAGAAUGUAAUGGUUACAGGGAUUUUAAAGCAUGACUUAUUGCAGACCUUACAAGAUUUACAAAUACGUUGAAUGUGAAAUUAACAUUUUAUUUGUGUUUUUUUUUUGUAAAUAUAAUCGAGCAUACCUUGUUAAUUACAUGCCUACAUGCACUGCAAUAUCUGCUAGUUCUUAUUUAAAUGGACAAAAUGGUAGCUCUGUUCUGUUUGUGAUAUUUUGUUACUGGUUUUCUUUGCAACUCCAGAGCAGUUGCUAAUAAAUAGUUGAUCUAAUUA